AUGCGGUCACUUGAAGAAGUUACUUUAGUUUCAGUUCCAGACGCAAUCGUGAAUACGACAAACUUUGGCGAGCCAACAAAAUGGCCUUUCGCUGCUGUUCGACUUCAAAAGCUCGAAAUGCAUAACAUUAGAUAUGGCUAUCUAUUCCCGUGCGAAGAGCUCUAUCAAACUAUCUCAGAAGCUGAGGAGAUCGAAUUAUGCUGUAGUGAUUUGAUUUACCGGGAGAAGGAUGUUUGGCGUUUUAUCAGCACUGCAAAUGCAACUUUGAAGAAAUGCCGCGCUCAUUACUUUUUGGACCGUCCGGGCAAGACUCCAUCUUUGCCUAUUACAUACAAAUUUCCACAAUUGGAUCAACUGUUCUUAACCACAGAGAGUACAACAUCCAUACAAUCGAAUCAACCGGAGAUUAUCAGGCAACGUUUCGAAUGUCCUAAGUUGAAGGUUCUAUACGCUGAGUCUAGCAAUUCAACACGAAUGAUAGAGCAGCUCCUCUGCAACGAUAUCGAAGAAUUGUGUAUUGAAGAUUUACCGACGGAAGCUGAGGAUCGUAGGAGAAUAUUUGAAAAACUUGAGAAAUGCACAAAAGUGAAGAAAUUGAUGUUUAGUCGAUGGGGUAGGAUUGCUGAUAUCAAAGAAAUAUGUAUCCGAUUACGCAAGGCUCCUUUGGAGGAAGUAUGGAUGGAACUACUAGAAGAUGAAGCUAUGAUCGAGGUGAAGAAAAUGGUAGAAGAUCGACUUAGCGAUGGAUUUGCCACUAAAAUCCGAAAAGCAACAAUUGUGAGUCUUACAAAUCAGCCGUCAAAAGAGAUGGAAUGGUUUGCAAAACAUAUUCCAGACCUCAAAUCCUACAAUUACAAUAAACUUGUCGGUCAAAGAGAAACAAUGUUCAAACGAAAAGGGCUGCAUUAUUUUGAAUUGUGA